GCGAUAUCUCGAGCGUGCGGCUCGAAACAUUGUGUUACCAACAAAUGUGGGGAAAAACUAAAAAGUUCUACUGGUCUUUCGUUACUUCGUCAUCCAGCUGAAUCAGCUGUUAAUGUUUUGCACCAAUGAGUCGAUUGUAAGACAUGGCUGCUUUCGGUCGUUUAGCCGUAAAUAUUGGGAGAACAAUAAUCUCCCAAGAAUCAAGAAGAUGCUUAAAUCUUUCCUCAGCGUUGAGAAUUAAAGAAAUAAGGGAGACGAGAGACGGGAAAAAUCUGAUAGUUGAAGGUGUAACCAUUCCUUCACCGAGAGUACCUUUGCUUGUCAAAAACACAGCACGCACCGGAGCUUGUCCUGUUUGUGCUGCCGGUCUAGAUGUGAAGCAUACGGAUGUUCUAAUUCUUAGUCAAUUUCUACGGUCAGACGGGUGCAUGCUACCUCGCAGAGUAACUGGCCUUUGUAAAACUCAGCAGAAAAGAAUAGGAACGAUGGUAGCAAUGGCCCAAAAAGCAGGACUCAUGCCAAACAUUGCCCCGGCUAAUAGCAGGCGAGAUCCAAAGCGAAGAAAAGAUUGGAAGAAAUUCAACACUUAUUUCGACGAAAAAACGAUCAAGGCGAAGUUUGUAUAAUUCAUAAAACCCUUUAGUUAUGUUUAUGUAUUUUGUGUGCAAAAUAAAUAAAUAACCACGUUAUAAA